AUGUUGUUCAAGACUUCAUUACUUGUAAUAUUUGCUUUAGUAUUUUGUGCCUUAGUUAAGGCAAAGCCUUCACUAAGAAUAGUUGGUGGCAGCUAUGCAGAAAUUGGACAAUUUUCCCAUCAGGUUGCGCUUUUUAGAAAUGGUAUUUAUAAUUGUGGUGGAUCUAUUAUAAGCUCACGUUACAUUCUGACAGCUGCUCAUUGUGUUAUUCACGAUCAUGGAACUGAAAUCUAUUCACCGAACGAAAUAAUUAUUCGCGUGGGUAGUAUGUACCGUUUGACCGGUGGAAAAUUAGUUGCAGUUAAAAACAUUAAAGUACAUGAACAUUACGGAAACUUUUUAAAUGACAUUGCACUAUUGGAAUUGGAAGAAACCCUCACAUUCUCUUCAAAUGUUCAACCAAUUGCCUUAUCCACCGAUGAAGUGCCCAAUGAUGCCCAAGUUAUUAUUUCUGGCUGGGGAAGAUUAUAUGAAAAUGGAGAAAAUGCAGAAUGGCUAAAAUACAAUACCGUAUCAAGAUUAGAUCAAGCUGAUUGUCAAAGGCAAAUUGGUUAUGGACUUGACUCAAUAAUUUGUCUUGCUCAUAGUGCCAAUAAGGGAGCUUGUAUGGGAGAUUCUGGUGGUCCAGCUGUGUACAAUGGCAAGCUUGUCGGUAUUAGUAAUUUUAUUAUGGAUGUGUGUGGCAGUUCUAAGCCUGAUGCAUUUGGCAAAGUUAGCUACUAUCUCGAUUGGAUAUUGUCAAAUAUGAAUUAAAAGUUG